AUGGCCGAGAUUACGACACUGGAUGCGCUGCAGGCCCUACACCGCGAGCUGUUGACGCUGAGCAGCGGUGGGGGCAGCAGCUCUGACAACCUAAGCAACGAACUGCUGUUUGAGAUAUUUGAGAAGGAGUUGGGGAGCAUCUGGGAGCGUCCGAAGAAGAGCGAAAAGAGCCGCACCACUGUGAAGACGGGCAAGGUCUCUAUUGACGGCAACGAGUAUUCGAUCAACGACAAGUUCCAACAGGAUGUGUUUUCGCUAUCGGAUGAGAUCGACCUUGACGAGGUGGAAGCUGCCAGGUACCUUCUAGACUCCCAGGAUGAUGUCUCUGUCCUCGGACGAUCGCUUCUCGAGUGCGCCGUGAUCCGAUUCCACCAGCAGCGCAAAUACGUUCUGGACUCUUUCAGGCUGCUUCUGGAGCUGAAUAACUUGGACUACGAAGGAGAAGAGCCGAGCGCGUUAGAGACCAUAAAACGCCUUGCACCGAGAUGUCUGCAGGCCAUGUUGGAAAUCAAGACAUGGCUGCAAAAGCUAGGAGAAAAAUUGACAGCUGCUCAGACUUUGGGUAAUGUACCCACGGAUGAGCUGCCAGAGGAGCUGGAAACCGUUGAGUUCUCUCGUGUGAGUCUGAUUCAGCAGCACGAAGCUUUGGGUAUCAUCCUAUGCGAGUGUGUGGACAAGAGGCAGGCCGAAACAGCAGACUUUACAGAAUUCAUCUCUAUAUUGAAAAAAUGGGAUAGAUAUGACACAUUACUAGUCCACCUCGUUCCAGCAAUCGGCGCCUACAUGUCUGUCUUUGCAUCAUCCGAAGGAGGCUACGAUUUAAGGCAAGGCAGAGAUCUUAACAGACAGAUUUUCCCACCUUCAGAUGACUCAACCUGGCCGCUUCCCUUUCUACAUGCCACGGUUCGAGCGUGGUGGCUUGCAGAAUAUAGUGGAUGGUAUCUAGACGAUCCUCCCGAAUCUGCUAUUCCACCAGGCACUGACCUUGAUGAAGAGGAUCGUCAGAGGUCAAAGCAGUUCCUGGACUCCCUAAAGGAUGGCGCGUUUGACUUCAUGCUCUCGGUGGCCGGAGAUAUCCGAUCUCCAGACUGGCAUGACUCUGUUCGAGCGGGCAUGCGAAAAUGGCUACAACGAAAAUCAUCACCGUUGGUUUCUGAGCGAACUCAGUUUUCUAGUUUCUUCCAGUUGUGUUUGAUGUCUCAACUGGAGGUUUUUGUUGACGCCUUCAUAACAAAUCUACCUGACGUCCUCCGAAAGCUCAGAGUGGAAGAAGACGAGCAGCGCCAACUCAGCCAGACGCACGAACAAGACCUGGAUUUGGAGAGGUUCCUUUUAAUUAUCGCAUACGCUUAUGAGGGGCGACCUGAUGCCUCUGCAAAUUUUUGGCAAGACCCAGACAGCAAUCUCGCGGGAUUUAUGCAUUGGGCUUCCCGCAGAGCCUCAACGCCCUUGGUUGCAGCCUUUUGCGAGAUGCUCCAAGCUAUUUCCGUCAACGACGAAUGUGCCACCGCCGCGCAUGAGUUCCUCCUAGACGAAGGCCAUCAUUCGUCUGGUAAGAUGAGAAGGACUCAGUCAUUGACGUGGACUCAGAUAUUCAAGGAGCUUGAUUUUUUCUCAGACAAAAUUAAGCAGAAGCCUAUGCCAACCCAGACAGUAAGGUUUCGCGGCGGAAAGCUCGCUUCCGAUGUCAUAGAAACCGAACCGGAGUCAUCCAUGAUGCUUGAAUGCUAUCUGCGCCUGAUAACGAAACUAGCGAGCGAAAGUGAGAUCACUAGACAGUUUCUGUUGUUAAACUCUGGCUACAAUCUUGUCGAUAUGCUGUACGAACUGGCCAGCAGCCCCAUACCUUCUCAGCUGCGCGGCUGUGUCUUCCUGGCCUUGAAGUCUUUGGUAAGCCGCAAGAGCCUUCAGGAGAACCACGCAAUGUGGAGGUGUCUGGAGAAUUGGAUCUCCGGGGGUUAUGUUGGUGCAGCAACCGCGGGCACGAUACGAUCGACGCAACUAGCACCCCUAGUGUCAAUGGAUCGCAUCUUUGAUGAGAUGAGCAAUGGCUUUGAGGAUCCCGAGUCCUUCAUCAGGCUCUUGCUCGAACUGGUUACCCCUGCAAGCGAUUCCAAUCCACUGAACGACGGUCUGCCAUUUCCAGAAAAUCUUGGUGCCAGUUCCCGAGCGCCUGGAAUUGAAGUAUAUAUCGAUUUUGUCAUUGGUCUUGUUUUCUCAUCAAAGAUUCAGGAGCUCCAAGACGUUCACCAAACGAGAGUGCUCAGACUCAGCUGUCUCGAAUUUAUACUCGCCUGCCUUACCACGUUCAACGAAGAUCUCCUAGUUUUGGCGAACGAGACGAACAUUGCCAUCGACUCAUUAGUCUCGACGACUGAUUUGGCGACAUAUGUUAGGAUGCAUCCUUUCGCGCGAGUGAUGGAAUGGAUGUUCAACGACAAAGUGAUGACGGCCCUCUUUAACACCAUUCACCAAAAGUCUGUCGAUAUUGGCAACGCGACUCCAGACUCACCACUUAUCUUGGGGGUGCUGCGUGCGGUAGAGGUCAUAUCAAAAGUCCUUGACCUUGAAACGACUUAUCUCGAUCUUGUUCGGCCGCUAAUCAAGACCCAAUCUGGCUCACGCAGACAACCUGUCGCCAAUGCUGCGUACGCCUCGUUCCAAGAUGGGCUGGUGACGAGACUAAAUCUCGUGGUAGACCUGGGAAAAUACUGCGGCAUAGGUCAUCCUGACUUGACUUUAGCCUGUCUAAAAUUGUUGGAGAAGAUGUCUUCAUCAUCUAAGAUCACAGCUGCUUGGUCUGGAACUAGUCGCCAUGCCCAUCGAAACAAGGCAAUUGUUGCCAUGGAAGCGAAUGGAGAGCAUGAAGCUAUAUCACGAGCGUUCAUCGCCGAAGUAAUGACUCCUCUUGAGGCGGGAAGUGGAGCAGAUUCGCCCCUCUAUAUCACAAAGGUGUACAUCUUGGACUUUUUAUAUCAAUGUCUUCGAAUGACGCCAAAGGAGCCUACCAUUGCACACCUGUUGCUGGGUUUUAAAUGCGGAUUGGAUUCGCUCUCGGUCGAAGUCAACAGCUCUUUUGCAUCCCGCACGUCAUUGUUUCACAGUAUAUUGGGACUUUUGCUGGAGUCUCCGUCUAACGAUGCACUCGGUAUGAGACAGUGGUUGAUUGGCAUCAAGUCUCGCGUGAUGCGCAUAUUAAACAUUCUUUGGAGCUCACCACUGUCGUCUGCGGUUGUCAUCCGAGAGCUUCGCGAGAAUGAACUCCUCUUCCACCUUCUUACUCGUGAGACGGUCAUCCAGCCAGACUUGUCUUGGGAAGGCCAAACUGUUGGAAACGCACAGUUCCCGGUGACCGAUGGAGCCGUGACACUGAUUGAAUUUCUGACGCUUCGAAGUAUGACUUUUGAGUAUAUAGCCAUGGAACUCUGCAAAAUAGCCCAAGGGCGUAUGCCUGGUGUCAAAAGGCGCAUUUUUGAUGCCCUCAACGGCCAAAUUGUUGCAGAGAACAACGAGACGAUUCAAACCCCGACUGUAUUUGAUUUGUUCGAUUUCCUCCUGCCAGACGGAUUUUGGGAGAUUCCACCGCCGCCAAUUCAAUUCUACAAAGACCUGGAUCUCUCUGCAUGCCUGGAGCACGACGCCGACGCCAACCAAGUAUACAACCUAGAACGAGUUAGAGAGAUUCUUUUGUUAAAGAGAGGAGAAGCGCAGAAAAACACAGCCAUUGCGGCUAAUGACCUGGCGCUCAUCGAAAGAGAAGAGGUUAUGAUAAUUGAGUAUCUCAUUUCCUCCGACAGACAAAAGCAGAUUGGGUCACAAUCUCUCCGAGUCUUGCGGUCAUGGAUCAAGGUGUUGCUGGUCAUGGUUGAGUCUUGUGACUAUAAAGGCGCAGCACAGACGUCAUUUUUCCUCCAAGCAUUGCAGGCUAUUCUGCCAAGUUUGGAAAUAUUCGCCUCAGAUCGUCCUGAUGAAGCUCUAGAACUGGCCAAGCUGGCAAGAGUCUUACUCUUUAAGCUUGACCUCUCUCCUCUUUCAGUUGAGGACAAUAUUAAUGGAACUAUCGGCAAUCUGGUUAGCGACAAACUGUAUCAGCUUUUCCAGACUUGUCUCCAGGCAAUUGGCAAGUGGGCAGGCUCUCCACAACUGAGAUCCGUCUAUUAUGAAAUUUGCUACCGGUAUCUGACGGGCAUGUCGGAAGAUCUUGGACCAUUGACCGCCAGCCGCCCGAAAACGUUCAAGACUGUUCAGGUAUAUGGUGAGCGACUGAUCAAUGUCGUUUGCGAUGAUGUCUACUGUGGAGACCCAGGGUGUCAGACUUCAGCCCUCAUCUUCCUAGGCGCUCUGGUCCACAUGGACAGCCAGGAGCGAGAGAGCUAUAUUGUCGAGACGCUUAACAAGCUGAACUUCAUCAGUAUUCUUAUUGACUCUUUGCGGAACAUUAUGAAGGAAUGGCAUGAUGUCUUCGCUUCCAACAAUACUGAUCAGCAAAACUUCCAAAACGCCCGUCUCUCCAUCAUCCUUCAGCUGGCUCAGUCUCGCACCGGUGCUAAGUACAUCCUCCACGCCAACCUUUUCCGCACCCUGGAAAACUCUGGUCUCUUUGCCGCCGACCCUGAGCUACAGAUCGACGCAGCAAACCCCCGCGCGCUGGAGCAGCAUUACGAUCUGCUCGCCAGAGUUGUCCGUAUCAUUGGCGCAGCCAUUCUGAGCCGCGGCAAUAACAACGUGACGCAAGGACGCAAGUUCCUUACGGAUCACCGAAUGCUCGUCAGCCACGCUUUGAAGCGCAGCGCCGGCAUUGGCACAGGGAAUGAAGACCAGCGCCUGGAGGAGCGGAUUGAGGAACUUGCAGACGCAUUGGUGGUCGUCAUUGCUGCAACAAGCUUCUUGGAAUUUGAAAAUGAUAUCCUGCCAGAGCCUAAGCAGCAUGACCACCCGCUUUUUCAUUGA